AUCAAGAGAAACAUAAAUAGAGAAGGAAAAGGAAAUAAGGAGACCGUUGUUGUUGCGUUGUGUUGGAUAAUUUGAUUAGCUUUAAAAGCAAGAAAUAGGCGUAACGUCCACACGCACAAUCACAAUUCCUUUAUAUCUCGCUUUCUCUCCCACUAAAUUUAUCCUCUAUCUCUCUCCAGGUUUCUCGCCAACAAAACCAACAAACAAAAACUCUCUCUCUCUCUAUAUUAGAGAGUUGUUCAACCUAAAUCGUGGACAAAUCUCGGAAUCUCCGGCGACUAAUUUUUUAAAAACAGUGACGAAGAGAAGAAACAAAGGGGGAAGAAGAUGUGUUGUGGACGGAUUUGCAUGCUGUGCACGUGUCUGCUUCUGGUGGUGAUCGCGAUUGGGUUUCUAUUCGGAUUCGGUGUCUUCAGGGAUGGAUUUCACAAGAUCCAUGAAUCAGUUCAUCUCGAAUGCGAUCCCAGAUUUAGUUGCGGAGGUGGCGUUGGACGUCGCGGUUACGGUUUCCCAGCUCCCGGCGGUGGUAUUAAUUAACUAGCUGUGAUGAUCUCAAUUGUUUUCAAAUCGUCGUUUUGCCUUUGAAUUCGACGAAUUUGGGUAUAGCAUUGAUUCUUUAGGUUUUGUUAAUCUUUGUUGCUUUUUUUUUUUUUUUUUAUUACUUUUCCCAGUUUCUCACAUGGAUGGACUCACUCAUUGUGCAUUCGAAUGUUUCAUUAAUUAGAAUUUAGUUUUGACCUUAUUAUUAA